AGAGGACUCUGGUCACCCGGCCGGGGAAUCGAACUCAGGCCCUCCUUGCUGAUGCGACUGCGCUACCCACCACGCCACCAUUUAAGGUGGAACGGGGAAAUUGGAAAAAGAAGCUGACUUCGGCUUCAUGGAGGGUUGAAAGGCGUGAUAUGAGGAGAGUUCUCUGUUUCUGCUUAACAGCUGAGUAACCUUAACUUGUUUUGCUGUUUCACGGAACCGACAGGCCAGUAUUUCGUCGUUGCUAAUGUUUGUGACGUCCAGACAAGAAGCCUCGUAGUAGGCCCAUUCCAACGUCAGCCGCUUUAUUAAAUAACGCAGACUGUUAAUUUUAUAUACUUAUAUACAAAAGUACAUCCCUGUCCAAAUUUUGCCCAUUAACCAAAGCAUAUUACCCCACCAAAUGCAAAUAAAUGGGCGCCCAUUUGGCAGGAACCUGCCCAAUCUGGCAACACUGACGUAGUGAACGCUCCGUAAUAUAAUAGUAUAAAUACUUCCCUAAACAGUCUCUUCAUUUAACACUACUUCAUUUAAUACGCAAACACUGAUAAACAAUUAUUUAUAUUAAAAUCUUUUCAAAUGAAAAGCUGAUGUACAUCCGCUAAGCGACUUGAAUUAUUCUAAGAAUUCUAACAAUUUUCUUUUCGGUUGACAGAGAAAGUCGAGCUAAGCAGUGAUUGGUCGAGCGUCGUGUCAAUUAGCAGUGAUUUGCUUUAACAAGGCGGGGCUUCGGCUGGGAACAACAGCGCUGAAACUGUCUCGUCUAGUCGCAGCACAGCUAACCUAACUCGUCAUGGCCCGUCUCAAACAUGUGCGUCCAAAUAGGAGCAGAGGAGCUGGUUCGGGGGGGAAAGUAAACGUCGCAGCCCCCGAGUCGAGAGUGAGCCGCAGCAUGACUCCAAUGAGGAUCUCUAGAGAUCUGCCGUCGUAUUUACAUAAAAUGCGGCGGAAUAAUGGUUUGGACCUUCAAGGAAGAGGAGUUAUGAAGCUGCAUGGAAGACGGUUCGAAGGCCGUAGAGUUUACAGUAAGGGAACAGUGACUCCCAGCACUAAGGACCCCAGCCAAGACAGCACAAGUAUGAUUAUGCCCUCUGGUGUGUCCAGCUUUUUGUUGGAUUGUAUGGAUUCGGACUCAGAAGCAGAGGACACACUUCCUUCCAUUGAGAUGGUUCGCAAAGCUGAUAGUUAUGACGAGGGCACAGCUUUGGUCAGUGAAGAUGAAAUACUGCACCGCCACAUUAAGAACUCGACUCUUCUCGACCUCAGUCAUGCGGUGGACAUAGCCAUGCAACAACCCCCAAACCUCUCCUCCAUUCUAGAGCUCUCACCUGUACUUCAUGGGCAAGCUGCAAAGGAAUGGUUUUGUCUAUCACCCUUUAGCCCCUCACCUUUGACUAAAUCAGCAUCAACCAAGAAUACAGCAGGAAGCAACUACAAAACAUUUGGAGCUGAAGAAAGGACUCCUGAAACGAAGAGGGUGGUUGUUCUUUCUCCUGUUGUGAAAAGAAGGCCUCUGACUGGACAAGACAAGCCCAUGAAAUGCAGAAAGGUGACAUUCAACGACAUUGUGAGCACACGAGACAUAACCAUGCUUAAGCCUCAAAUGGAAUGUCAGAGCCGAGCCUGUGAUGUGCAGAAGGCUGAACUGAGAGGGAACACAGUGAUUGGCGAGAGGGAAGAGUUAAUGGAGCCCCAGGAGCUUUCCUCAGAGACAGCCAAGUUUUUUGACUUUGCUGAUGAAAGUGAGAAGCAACUUUUCUUCCAAAGAUUGAAAAGGACUUGCACCUUCCACUUCCCGACCAAACCGAUAACCUUCACAGACUUUCCCCAGACUGAGGAUGUCAGAAGCUAAGUUUAUGACUUCAGGACAGAAGACUGAUGCACCAUGAGUUGAGAGUUCAGUGGAGUCCGACUCUAAACAUGGAGAGAACAUUUAUUUGUGAUUUAAAAAGUUGACGGCGCUUCCUAAGAGAAACUCUUCUCUACUGUAAUUAUUGUAAAUGAUACUUUUUCAUUUGGAAACAAUACAUCGUUUUGUGUCCUGUUGUCUUGUUACGUCUUUCAUUAUCCUUAAAAUGUUUUUAAAAUGAAUCUAUAGAUGGUCAGUUGUCUUCAGUUGACUGCUGGCGCAGUGGUGUCGUUGUGAAGAAAAGAAUUUCCUGUAAGAGAAAAUUAAAUGACUAAGAUGAAUAAAUAGAAUUAUAAAAUUAA